UAGUGGGCUCCGGGCGACGAGCACGUGUGCUUUGUUUUGCAACGUGAUGACGCCACGCGUAGAUCAUAGGAAGUCAUUUGAAUUUACACCAAGUAAACACAACAAGGAUAAAUGCUGCUCAUGUGAGCCUACACCAAGAUUUUAAAAAAUGGGUGUCAAAGGUCUUCAGUCCUUUAUGGACCGCUGCUGUCCAGAAGCCUGUGUGACUGUGAACCUGAGAGAAAUGGCCAGACAACAUGUUGCCAAAGGCCAGCAAGGCUGCACAACCACAACUAACAUUAACAGCCCCACGCUCGUUGUCGAUGGUAUGGCCUGCCUGCGCCACUGGUACUCAUGUAAGGACUGGGUGUGUGGGGGGCAGUGGAGGGAGUACAUGGAUGUGCUAAAGAGCUGGGUGGAGGCCUUCACCUCAGCAGGCAUCAGGCUAGUCUUCUUCUUUGAUGGGGUGGUGGAAGAGCAGAAGAGACAAGAGUGGGUGAAGAGGAGACGCAGAGUGAACAGGGAGGUUUCUAAAAUAUUUCGUCACAUGAAGGCUCAUGGGGAACAGCCUGGUAGAGAGCUCUUUUGUCUGCCUUCUUGUCUGGCAACAUUCACAUGCUUUGCUCUCAGAUCAUUGGGUCAGGAAGUGUUUUGCUCAGUGCAGGAGGCUGACUAUGAGAUUGCCAGCUAUGCUCGUAAGCAUAGCAGUAUGGGCAUUCUGGGACAGGACUCAGACUUCAUCAUAUAUGACAGUGCCCCCUACUUGUCUGUGGCAAAGCUGCGGAUAAACAGCCUCACCACUGUCCUGUACGACCGACAGAGGCUCUGCCGAACCGUUGGAUUAGCUGUUAACCAGCUACCACUGCUGGCCUGUCUCCUAGGUAACGAUGUGGUGUCAGAGGAGCGGAUGCAGCACAUCCGGAAUGACGCCAUGGCAACAUACAGGAUAAACAAUCCCACACCACACUCUGGUGCCCCUCAGGGGCAGAUGGUGCUAGCUGUAUCCCACCUUGUGAGCUCCUUAUGGGGCAGAGAGGAGGAAGAGACUGGGCUUAUCCCUCAGUCUCUGAAUCUGUCAGCUCCUCACAGAGAGCUACUGAAGAGGGGAAUUUGCUCCUACUUACUACCUGGACAGGAAGCUUGUCAGCGACGUGACAUCUCUGCACCUACCUCUGGCCCUGCCUUCGAGAAACAUGUUAGUCCAGAAGUAUUAAAGACCUGUAGAGAGAAGCAUGUAGCAGCAGAUGGUUUCAUGGUUUACAGCAUUGUGUGUGAGGGAGUCACUGACUGUAGCAACACUCUGGAGGAUGAGGAGGACGCUGAAUUGCUGCCUCAGGCCCUCGUCUACAAGCUCUGCAGACAACACAUCUAUGGGCUGCUGCUGCUGCAUGGGCAUGAUGGCAGCAGUGUCGACCUUCCAGCGAUCAGGGAGUGGUUUGUCUACCCUGGAAACCCUCUGCAGGAACCUGACAUGGUCCACCCUGUCCCAAUCGGCCUCUCAUGUGGUCAGCCCAGUCUGGACUUGUUAUGGUUCGGCACUGGUACUGAAAUUUCUGCUCUCCGCCUGAUGUCCUUCCUUUCAAUUUUUGACUGCCAGGAGUUCUCUGAGUUGUAUGGAGCUAUUGAAGAUUCUCUCCUGGCUGCUCUCUGCCUGGUCACUUACAUAGUCCUCCAGGUACCAACUUUGUCUCAAGAGGACUUGGAUGCUUACCUGAGUCAGGCCGUGUGUCUGAGACUAAAAUCCCCUCAGGAGCUUCAACAGAUCAAGCUGCCUUUCCUUUGCAGUCGUGCGGUGCAGCUGGGAUCUCUCUACGUCCGAGGACUGAGCCACCUGCUGGGUGCUAACUGUGCCAGCGGCUACCCACUGCCCAGCGCUGCCCUGAUGCCUUGGCACAGCUUCGAUGGACGGCUGUUCCACUCAAAGUACCUGCUGGCACAUAGUGGCACAGAGAAAACAGUGUUGCUGGACAGCGAUUCGUCCUGCUUGUCUCUGUUUCUCUGCCUGAAAGAGAAACUUACAGAAACCUGCAGGAGGCGAGGCAGAGUCCUGCAGUCCAGACCCAGUGCACCAGAAGAAAGUCAUCAAACCACACCCGGACCCAGAUACAGAGAAAGACAUACAGGUGGGCCUCCAGGUGGUGGUGGGAGCUGGAGGGAAAGAGGAGAAACGACAGCAGGCCAUCGACAUGGAGGAGGAUGGAGGGAGAGAGGGGAGGCGAGAGGAGACAGAAGUGAAUAUGAAAACAGAGAGAGAGGAGGAGGGAUGAGAGGAGGCCAACAUUUUCACCCUCAACCUGAUUCUUAUCCUAAGUGCCAUGAUGGAGGGCAGGAGAACACGAGCCGUACUCCAAAACAGUCCAGAGGUCGAUCAUGCCACAGCAGAGGGAGAUACCAGCUGGCUCCAAGAUGGUCGCAGCCUCCUGCACCAGGAACAUAACUUGACCCUGAACAGAGAGGAGAGAAGAGAAGGAUUAGAUGGGAGGAUUUGAGGAGUUAAGAGGAUGGGAAAGACAUGAAAGGAGACAUGAUGAAAGGAGUGAAGGAAUUAAAUUUCUCUGAACAAACUGAUUAGUGAAUUACCCGUCAGGAAUGUUUGUCUAAAGGCUGCAGUAGGUAAAGAAAUGGGGAUCAAGAGAAGGCAGAAUGAAGUGAUUAGGAAUACGUCAUUUAAUUUGCCAGUUUAACUGGAAUUCGACUUUUUGUGUAUCAAAAUAAUCCUGUAGACAUACUUUUAAAGUAGCUCAUUUCAAAGCCUGUCCUUUAUCUCAGGGCAACUUACCUGUUUUACUGUGACAGAAAAUGAUUAGUAUGAGUUAGCACUCACCAAACAAAAAGAGAAAUGAACAACUUCAAACAAUCACUGAGAAGUGGAUUAAUGGUUAAUCCUCAAGCCUGUUUAUAUCUCUUAUCUGUGACAAUAAAAGAUCUUAAAAGCCAUGUGUAUCCAGUGGCAUAAACCUUUUUAAAGGAAUGAUUUUAACUAGAAAAAACAGCAAUGCUGGUAUCAAAUAUCGGCCGAAAUAGGGCAUCAGUACCGGAGAUUUAUACACUUCUAUAAACUGAUACCAAGAGCCAUUUGUGACAUGUCAAAAACAAAGUGAGGCAACUUGAGUUUCUGCACAAAAGAAUGUGAGUUGUAAUGUAAGGGAUAUUGUAAACUGUUUUGUACUGUGUCUACAAAAAAAUUGUCUUUCUUGAUACUGAGCUCUCCUUGAUAAUCCUAGAACCAGAUUCCAACAUUUGACCCAACAACACGUUUGAAACAUCACUGCAUCGUGAUAAAGCUGACCUGAAGCUCAUUUUCACUACUUGUGGUAACAGCUUAAAUGACUUUCACAUUCUGUGACGACAACAUUGAGAGUAUUGAGUGUGUGGGGAUCCAGCUGCUGUGGGUUAAGGGGGACUGUAUAGCCUGUACAGUGAGGAUCACUGUCUUCCUGUAGCACCAUGAACAUCGUAAAACCCACCGGAGAGGAAAAGGAUGCAGAGAAAGUUCCACAGCCUGAGUGCUCUCAUUCCCAUCUGUGUGUGUGUGUGUGUGUGUGUGUGUGUGUGUUUGCCUAUAAGCAGAGCAGAAAAGAAAUGUGAGAGUGAAUUUCUCAACAAAUGGAAACAAAUGAGGGAAAAUCAGAGUGUUGAUACAGUGGUGGUGAGACUGUGUUUGUUGUGACAGAGCUGAGCGUUACGUCGGUUUAUUCCCCAUUGCCUGUAGUUGAUCCACUCAUUACACAGCGCCAGAUACAGACUGCUACAAGCUAUAUAUCUUACAUGGACUGAAGAUACUUGCUUAUCAUUAUCAUUUAAGCUAGCGGGGAAGGUUUGAUCCUAAAACAAAUAAACAACAACAAUGCUGGAGGAAUGAAGAUCCUGGAGACUUAACUACAAAAUAUCAGGUUUUUCAGCCCCUAGACAAAACCAUUCAGCACAUCGAUGAUGUCUGUGAUAGUAAUCUUCUAUGUUGUGUUACAUUCUUAUAUGUUGUGUUACCGUGUUGUGCUGUUUUUGGGGGAAUUAUUUCCUUUGUAUAGUUUUUUUUUCAGAAUUAAUGUAAAUUUAGCAUGUUAAAAUUAAAAUAUGCAGGGAUAGCUAAAUUUCUGAAAUACACAAAUUCGUAUUAAUACUUAAAAUUGAAGUUGUCAGCAAAAAACAAAUGUAUCACUACCUUGUGUAAGGAGAAAAAUCAGGCUGAUCUUUCCAUUUUAUUCCCCCUCCUUAGUCGUUGUCAAACAUGAAACUUUCUCACCACAGUGGCUGCACCAAUGGAGAAAUGAAAGUCGCAAGUUUAGUCCAACUUAGAUAUUUAAAAAACUCUUUAUAUGUUCAUACAGUUCUAUGUCUAAGAAUAUCAUAACCUUGUGUGUGACUGGAUGACUUAGGGAAGAUUAAACAUUUUAUCUUUGUGCUGAAGUAUUAAAGGCUCAGUGAUUAUUAGAGACACAUGUAAAACUUUUCUAAGGGGAUGUGACUAAAGCGUCCUCUCCCUGUCUUUCCUCUCAGUCCAGAGGCAGCAGAAAGUGUGUGUGUGUGUGUGUGCUUUUGUGUUAGUUACUGUGGUGAGUGGAGUGGGUGUGGGUAUGUAUGUGAGGAGGGGUGACAAGGGUGGGGCACGCAACACACAUUCAUGACUUGGGUCCAGUUGCCCCCUCUACAUAAUAACAAUAACAGGAGGAGGGAUGUUUUUUGUGGUGGAGAGGAAGCGAGGGAUGGAAGGUUAAAAAGAGAGGAAGAUGGAAAAAAUGUAAAUGUAAGACGGAAAUGAAGGAGUGUAAAGGAGAGAGGAGAAGUAAACAUUGAGAAGAGGGGAAACGAAGAAGACGAGAAGUGAAGGAAGCACACCAGAGGAGUGGGCGAUGGAGAGGUGGAAGACUAAGAAUAGGGAAAAGAACAGAAAACAGGAUGAGAGGGGAGAAAAGAGAGGAGGUGAAUUUGGAGGAGAGGAAAGGGUAAGACAGAAGAGUUAAGAACACAAGCAAUUUGAGUCGGUAGUCUUGCCUCAACCACAGGAAACCCUGUUGGCUGCCCUACAAAUCAGCUUCCUGUGUGUGUGUGUGUGUGUGUGUGUGUGUGUGUGUGUGUGUGUGUGUGUGUGUGUGGUGCAGGUCUGGGCGUGGUCCCUCCAGCAGCAGGGAGGCCUCCUCCCUGGGAUUGGCUCAGGCCUCUUUCCUCUCCAGUGGCAGUCAUUCAACGGGCUGUCUACUCUAUUUACACUCUCUGUUUUAUCUAAACGUUCUGAGGCUUUCAUCCUGACAAAGUAAUCAAACUAGGCACCCAUCUAUGUAACUCAGCUGGAGCAAGGGGAUUUGAUUUAAACCCUUGUGGUGUCCAGUGGUGGCCAUGAUGGGUGGCACCUAAAUGGAUCCCAUUGUGACCACAAAACAACUUCAACAAACUUAACCUGAAGCAAAUAGCCACUUUGAGGCAGAGUUACACUUUUAUGAUUCUACACUUACCUCUGGACAGGUGUAACAUGGUUAUACUGUAUAGUAUUUGUCAUAGGUGUUGUGGAUGUUAUGAUAUUUUCCAGCCUCAAUCUGGUGAGUUUAAUGGUGCUUUGUUCAUGCUGGAGUGCAGUCAGUGUUUAUCACCUCAAACAGGUAAUAUACCGACUGUACAGACUUAUUUGUUAUAUACACACCCCUGUAUGAGUCAACUACAGCACUGGUAGAAAUUAAAAGUUAACAUUGUACAAUGAAAAAGUCAUCACAUAUGAGCUUUAAUGUCUUAUGUGUAGAAGUUUAACAUCCGUUGGAUGGAUUUCCAUGAAAUUUGGUCCAGACAUUCUUGUUCCCCAAAGGAUGAAUACUUUGGUGGUCCUCUGACUUUUCCUCUAGCGCCACCAACAGGUCAAAGUUUUCACUUAUCCACAUCUACUGGAUGGAUUCACACAAUUUUUUUUUUUUUUUUACAGACAUUCAUGGUUCCCAGACAAUGAACUUUCGGAUGCAUUGCCAUGUAACUUGAUGCAAACAUUUAUGUUUCCCUCGGGAUGAAUUGUAAUAAUUUUGGAGAUCCUUCAACUUUUCAUGUAAAGGCCAUUUCAUGGUUUCUGCAUCUGCAAUAGAUAAACUGCUCAAGUCCGUGAGGGAGACAUUUGUGCAUACGUCCAGGCACAGCACAAAAUUUGUGACUUUGUGAAGCGCACCAACUGCGCAAGCACUAGAAAAGUAAACUGGAUGCUCAUUUCGUGCGCAGAAUGUAUGUACUGUAUUCCCCAUCCCUGGACCUAUGCUUGAGAAGCGGUCAAACACUGAUUUAUUUUUUUUUUAACUUUUCCAAAUACAACAAAGGAGCUCUUCCUCUUGCUGCAUGCACAUGUGUGGAACGUGUCUGGGUAUGCAUACCUGAGUUGUAGUAUGUAUAGGUACAAGCAUGUCUGCAUGCAAGUCCGCAGCUCUCCAUGUCCGUCUUAACACCAUCAUCAGGUCAAAAUACUGUGCUAAAUAGCAAAUGUUAGCAUGCUAACACACUAAACUAAGAUAGUAAACAUGGUAAACAUUAUACCUGCUUAUCAUCAGCAUCUUAGCAUUGUCAGUGUUAGCAUUCUGACAUUGGCAUUUAGCUCAUUGGCACAAGCACCACUGUGUACAGCCUCACAGAGCUGCUAGCAUGGCUGUAGACUCUUAAAAGGGGGGCUGUCUUUAAGUGUUUCUUCAAAUUCUGAGCAGCAUCCAAUUAAAGCAUUUUGGGAGAAAUUGUGAGAGGAGAUCAUCUAUUUACCUCAACCACAACACCACUUGUUAACACGAGCAAACUGCCAAUAAACCAGCUGAAAUAGAGGGUAAUUGUUAUUAUUAUAUAGUGAAUAACAUAUGUUCUAGUAAGUUAACAAGUACCUUCAGAUUAAAGUGUUGUUAUGUAAUAACCUU